GAGAAGGAGACUAGGAGGCAAGCAAUACAGUUCUGAACUGCUGGAUAUAUUAGGUGUCAGUCAAGGAGAGAGUGUUCCUAUACAGUUGAUUGGAAAUAGUGUAAAAGAAAGUUGUUUUUUAAAGUUGUUGAUUUAGGCAGAGCUUAUAAAACUGACACAGCAACGAAACAGAGGACUAGGCACCCGGCCAAGUCAAAGUGACACAAAGACUGACACAGGGAAAGAGCACAGACAUCGCUGCACUGAUAGAAUAGCUGUUCCUCUCUAAGAUGGAAUUACCUUCAUUUGUGGAACAGAAAGAUGGUUUAAAUUUGCCAUUCCGUAUUGCUGACAUCAUUGCUAAGAAGCGUGACGGCUUACCCCUUUCAGCAGAGGAGAUUAGACACGUGGUGCAGGCAGCUACAAGAGGCCAUGCUCAGGACAGCCAACUGGGUGCCCUUCUCAUGGCAGUCCGACUCUGUGGAAUGGACCCACAGGAGACCCUAGCUCUAACCAAGGAGUUUGUUGCCUCUGGGUGUGUAUUACAGUGGCCAACGGAAUGGAAUGGAGUUUUGGUGGACAAGCACUCCACAGGAGGUGUGGGGGACAAAGUCAGCUUGCCUCUGGCACCAGCACUUGCAGCUUGUGGCUGCAAGGUUCCUAUGAUCAGUGGGAGAGGACUGGGACAUACUGGUGGAACUUUAGAUAAGUUGGAGUCUAUUCCUGGGUUCAGCCCUCAGCAGAGUCCUGCACAGAUGUUAGAGAUCCUGCGUUCAGUCGGAUGCUGCAUUGUUGGACAGUCUAAAGAUCUGGUGCCUGCUGAUAAGAUUUUCUAUGAGAUGCGGGAUGUGACAGCAACAGUGGACAGUCUGCCACUGAUUACAGCUUCUGUUAUCAGCAAGAAGGUUGCUGAGAAUAUUUCAGCCCUUAUCCUGGAUGUGAAGUUUGGUGAAGCAGCUCAGAGUCCAACCCUGGAGGAAGCAAGGAUUUUGGCAAAGAGCCUUGUCAAUGCUGGAGUCUCUCUUGGCAUACCAACAUCUGCCCUAGUUUCUAACAUGGAUAGUCCAAUUGGCCGUUGCGUGGGAAAUACCCUGGAGGUGAAAGAGGCACUAGAGUGCAUGGAGGGUGCUGGUCCUGGUGACCUUCGAGAACUGGUGAUACAUACAGGUGGCCAUCUCCUCUGGCUGUGUGGUCAGGCUUCUUCAGAGAGCCAUGGUUCAGAGAAAAUUGCCAAAGCUUUGGAUGAUGGCUCAGCUUUGCAGUGUUUCCGUGAAAUGCUGGAAGUGCAAGGAGUACCUUCAGAUAUAGCGAGGACGCUUAGCUCUACUAGUAAACUUCGCCAAGCAUCCCAUCAAGAGCUGCUUAGGGUAAAAAAAUCAGGAACAGUAAAGCUGAUCCGAGCCAAACCUAUUGCAGAAAUACUGAAUGCACUGGGAGCUGGUCGAAGCAAAGCAAAUGAUCCAAUAAACCACAGUGUUGGGGCAGAGCUCCUGGUGAGCCUGGGUCAGCACGUAGAGGAAGGCGACCCUUGGAUUAGAAUUCACUAUGAGAACCCUCAACUUCAAGAUGAACAGAGGGAAUAUCUUCAAGAAGCAAUUUGCAUUGCAGAGCUGCCUUGUUUCAUUCCUCUGCCUCUCAUCAGGGAAAUUAUUCCAUCCCAAUGCAAUAAAGAAGAUGUGCCUGCUAUGCGAAGAGAAGGGGAGAUCAACUAAAAGAGGCAAUGCUCAAAGAACCCUCAUGGCCAUAUCAGUGCUGUUCUGAGAGCUGUGAACAGAGUUUAACACAGACCUUUCAAUGUAAUAUUUGGAGCCCAGAACACAGGGGGACAUGGUUAAUUGCACUACAGUAUGUCACAAGGUGCAGACACAAGAAUGUAAUUAGGCUUUCAUUGGAGUGUCAGCUCCUGGCAAUUCAGAAAGACAGGACUACUUUCUUGCAAAACUAAACUUCGGAAGAGAUGUCUAGCCUGCAGCCCCUCAGCAAUACAUAGCUAGCUCACCAAUAGCCUUCUGUGAAUUCUGGUUCAGUAGAUGGAACUACAACUUAAAGGGUUUGUUCACCUUCCAGCACUUUUUUUCAGUUCAUUUCAGUUCAUUUGGUUUCAGAUAGUU